AUGAGGGAAUUGAAGGUUCCCAACGUGCGACUCUAUAAUCGCGGACAGACCGAAAAUGGGACUCUCCAUCUGACAAGACAUCACCUUAUAUUUGUCUACCAUCCAGGAGCAAAAUUGCGUGCAGGGACCGGAGCAAGUACGCCCACUCGAACUGGUGCAUCCUUCGACGGCGCCUCUGCGCAGCGAGCAUCGGCCGAUUCGAGGACCACAGACCCUCACAUCACCUCCAAGGCCAAACUCAAGGCAAAGGAAAUAUGGGUCCCUUAUCCCAUGAUCAACUACUGUCUGCUGCGCCCAAGCAACUCUCAUGGACGGCAGACCGAGCACCACCUUCCACUCGAAAGAGAUGACCCAGGAAUGGAAGAUACACAAUUUCCGCCCCUGUUUGGAACCAAUUCGUACCGACCCUCUUCCGAAUCUGCACACCUUGCUCCGCACUCUUCGCCGCAACGAUCAAUUUCGCCUGAUUCAGGUAUCGGUGCUGCGACUCCUGGAGAUGGAUUCAGACCAGCUGCUAUCCGACUUAGAAAGCGCGAUUUUCAGAUGAUGGCUUUCCAUUUCUUCCCUUCGCCAACGGAGCCAGCUCCCGACAAGGCUGCUAGGGAAGUCUUUUAUUGCUUGAGGAGUCAUUGUUGCGUGGACAGGGUUCAAGACUUGUACGCAUUCCAUUUCAAAGCACCUCAACAAGAAGUUGCGGCCGCGACAGCGCCCUACGACGCUCGUCGAGAGUUCGCACGCAUGGGAAUAGGUGAGAAAGCAGCUGAAGGUCCGGGUAGCGCUUGGAGGGUCACGGACAUCAAUACGCAGUAUCAGUAUGCGCCGACAUACCCCAGCACCUUAUGUGUCCCCCGAGUUGUCAGUGACAAUACUCUCAAGCACGGAGCAUCUUUUCGGUCAAAGUCGAGGAUCCCCACGCUCACUUACUUGCACUUCAAUGGAGGCAGUAUCUCCAGAGCAUCGCAACCAUUGGUUGGUAUACAGAACAAACGCAGUCCCCAGGAUGAGCGGCUGGUCUCCGCGAUAUUUUCGAGCCAUAGCCCGCCACAGCAAUCCCCGGAAGACUCACCUCAUCUCCGGCCAACCAAGACAUCCUAUGAACCAGAUGCCAGUGGCGAUGUGCCAGGUCUCUCGAUCAGUCAAAGCGAUACAGCUUUGAACGAGAAGUCGGAGGACCAAAUGUCGACGCCUCGUCAAAGGAUUUACGGCAGCACACGGCGCAACAUGAUUGUCGACGCUCGCCCACGCGUCAACACUCUGGCCAACCGAGCCGCAGGUGGUGGGAUUGAGGAUGUUUCCAACUAUACUGGCGCAACAGGAACAGCCAUUGAAAGGAUAUUCUUGGACAUUCCGAAUAUUCAUUCCAUGCGGAAAUCGCUCGACAAGGUCAUCGAAAGCUUCGCAAACUCCGACUAUCUGGAUAUGAGGCCCAAUCAAGAUUUGCUACGGAAUUCCGGCUGGUUAAAAUAUGUCGCUGCACUAGUUGAUGGUGCCGAACUCGUGGCAAAAGCAAUUGGUCUUGGCGGAAGUCAUGUACUGCUCCACUGUUCUGAUGGCUGGGAUCGUACUGCACAGGUAGCUGGGCUGGCGCAAGUAAUGCUAGAUCCGCAUUACCGGACGCUUGACGGCUUCAUUACGCUCGUACAGAAGGACUUCGUUUCUUUCGGACACAAGUUCAAUCAUCGCCACGGCAUACAGGGCAGCGAGAAAUGGUUCGAGAUUGAGAACGAAAAGGUCGCUCCGUCUCGCUCAAAAGAGAAUGGGACCUCCGAGUCUCCGGGACUCAAUCCUUUCGGAUCCAAGGCGUUCUCAGGAGCCAAGAAUUGGUUCGAAAAGAGCCGCAGCACCCUUUUUCGCCAGCAUGAAAGCAAGACGAGCAACGAUGAAUCUGGAUCUCGACCAGCUUCGCCUCCUCCAAAUCCCAUCCUACACUCCCCUCCCACGACAAAUACAGCAGAAGACAGGAAGCACAAGACGGAUCUCGAUGAGAUAGCACCGAUCUUUCAUCAGUUCCUAGAUGGCGUCUUUCAGUUGCAGUGUCAGUCCCCUGAGGCCUUUCAGUUCAACGAGCGCUUUCUGAGACGGCUGUUCUAUCAUGCCCAUUCUGGGCAGUACGGAGAGUUCUUGUUCAACACAGAGAAGGACAGAAGCGAGAAUGAUGGCAAGUAUUCUUCUGCUUGGCCUCAUUUCCUGUCUCGGAGACAAGAGUUCACCAAUUCCGACUAUAUCGCUAAGGUGGACGACCCGCUUCUCUUUCCCCGUCGGCAAGCGAACAACAAGGGAUUGGAAAUCAGAUGGUGGAGCGGGCUCUUCGCGCGCAAAGACGAGGAAAUGAACACACCACGUACUCUGGCACCUCCAGAUCCCGAGCUUUCGGAAAGCAGCAGCUCGAGAAAGGUCUUGGAAUCUUCGGAGACAGCAGCGAAGCCUUCCGGCUCUUUCGAAAACUCGUGUGGGCAUGCUGCAGACCCAGAUGCGGCUAAUGACAAUCUAUUCAACGGGACAAGAAGUACUUCAAGCUAUGACACAAUGGAAAACAGCGUUUCCGCCCAGUUCUCCUCAAUCAACAUGGGGUCAGGAGAGCAACUUGGAGCGCAGCCGCUGGCUCGGGAGGCGAGCGUCCGAUCUCAGGAGACGGGCACGGGCACGGAGAUGGAAGGCGACCCGUUGGGGGCAUCGAAAGGCAGCAAAGUCUCCGCGAUGACGGGCUCGAAGCUGGAUCUUGCGGCAUUUGCCAGAGAAAGUGCAUAUAGCGACAGAUAG